UUAAUAGCAUUAUAUUUUUAAUAUUUAUUUUAGUUUCAGAUGUUUAGUUUUAUAAUAUAUACUAUCAUUAUUUAUUAUUAUAUAAAUGUGCACAUUACAAUACAUCUUUUAUAUAUAUAUAUAUAUAUAUAUAUAUAUGUUGAAGAAAAUGACAUAAAAGAAUUAUUAUAAAAAGAGUUAUUUUUUUAUGUGACGAACAUAAAUCUGCUAAUAUGUUUUAUCCUAUAAAAUAGUUACCCUCAUAUUUUGUGAGAUUAAUUGUAGUUUUUAUGUUUUGGGAUGGCAACGAUAGUUUGUAUGUUUUUAAAAUAAAUCUUGUUAUAUAACUUUAAUGGUUAUUUUGAUAGAAACAACCAAAUAUAAAUAUGAGUAAGUUUGGAGAUGAGUUUGUUUGAUGUUUUAUGUAGUAUUGAUUUAAGAGGGAUGCUACAUCAGGCGUAGGAUAUUGGUUUAUAUUGUGUUACAAUAAUUUGAGCACCGGGGAUGCGCGUGAUUUAUAUUUUUUUGUGUAUGUGUCAAUAAUUUAUUGUACACACUAUCGUAUUGUUUCAUUUUUGUGGUUUGUGUCACAAGUUAUAUUCGAUUAAUAUCGCCAAGUGUUUGCCCAUAAUUUAUAAUACUUCCACUAAUUUAAGUUGUUUUGAUAAUUCAUAGAUUCUCCCUAGCCAACUGGUACGGGGUUGCUAGCUAUAUUGGCUAAAUAUUGGCCCAUAAUGUCUUGUUAUAUUAUAUUUAUUUAAUUAUUAUAACGUUUGAUUUUAUUUAUUUAUGUAAUAUAUUCUGUUUGUAUAUACAGAGAAACAGAGAUUCAGUAUGAGAAUUGAUAAGUUUGUAAUAUUUCAGUUUUGACUGAGAUUUUUAUAGAGGAAUUAACCAAAUAAAUGAGUUAACUAAUGGUGAAGUGUGAGAUAAGGCUGGUGGACACAGCUCCCUGCCAGAGCUUUGAGGUUGUGAGCUUUAUAAGUUCUCUUCUUAAAAUCUUGCCAGAGGGAUUCUUGGGGAUCGAAGACAAAACCGUGACUGACCUUACAUAUCCUCUUGUAUGGAGAUACCUACGUAAUCCAAACAAAACUCAGAAUAAAUAUAAGGAACCACGGCUGGAUUAGUUACAAAACAUGGUCUGCAUGGUUGAAAACACCUGCUUUGCGACUAAGAUCAUGAUUUCACUUUCGGAUAAGUUGAUUCCAGUUGUUCUGAUGAUAUAUGCCAUUGGAUAUUGCCCAGCUUUCUUGUCAGGAUACUUCAAAAACAAUAAGAUAGAAAAGUAAGAGCUAAAGCCUCAAAAAAGGUCAUUAAAGAGAAGAAUUUAGUGAUGGGUCAUGUUUAAAAGCAAGUUCUCACGGUAUUACUGCUGCAUCAGCAAUCUCUGGAUGAGCUAGCAACACUGCUUCUAACCAAAUUUAUAAGUUUUAAAACAUUAAGAAGAUCAAACACAAGUUGAUUAUAUGUAAUUUUUUUUGUUUCUUACCUGAUAUCCGUUGCAUUUGAUUAGCUCCUUUAAUCUACCAACAGCAAAGACAAAACCCUCACUGUUAAUGUAACACACAUCUCCGGUCUUCAACCAUCCUUCUGAAUCAAUAGUAGAAGCAGUAGCUUUCUACGUUUUUGAAAUAACCUUUAAAAGCAACUCAACACAGUUUCAUACCAACACCAAACACAAAAGAAUUGCGUGUUAAAGAAGAAGCAAACACCUUUCAUCACAGUAGGACUCCGGAACCUGAGUUCGCCAGUUUGAUCAAACCCCAAGACACGACCCGUAUCCUGAUCCACAAUCUUAGCCUCCACAUUUGGAGAAAGCAAACCAGAUGAUAUGUACCUCUCAGUCUCCUCUUCAGUAAACAUAGAAACAACGAUAGCCAUAGUCUUGUAAAACUUUUAAAUUAUUGUCUCUCAACGAAAAGUUUUAAUUGAUUUCACUCAUAGAACAUUACUGUAUUUCUCAUAAAAACGGAUCGAAUCACUGAACCGUAUCAACAGAGGAGAGUCUAAAAGUCUAAAUUCUGAUUACACCUAAUUUUAAGCCUUGAUCUUCAUCGUUUUGAGUUCAUCACCCUGCCUAACAUUCCUAGCCUCCCAGAAACGAAGCAACAUCACCUCAAUCGUGUAGGAACAUCAACCGGGCUUCAAAUCGGAAAAGAAAACUUGAGAGCUAGCCAUUUUCCAGAAAAUAAAGGGAUAUCUAUGUUUGAAUAGGUCGUCAGGAUAAUUUCGAGAGAACAUGGAUCUAACCUUUUUAUACUGAGAUUUCUCCACCGCCUUGCAAGAGCGAAACAUACAAUAAAUGGAGAUCGUGGAUGAUGAAAUCAAGGACGACUUUAAGAAGAUGAAUGCGUAACCGGUGAAAAUCAAGCUCUGAGGAAGAAGAUGAAUCGAAACAGUUGGAGCUUCGUGGCCAUGGUGGAGAAGAACAGGAAACAGAAAACGAUACGUUUCAAGUUGUCUUAACCUAUUUUCAAGUUGGGCUUUUUCAAAACUGCAUUCUAAAAUCCGUGUUAACACAAAGUCCAUGAGGAAUAAAUGAAACGGUGAGUUUCACAACCCUUGGACACGUGGCAGUCUGUCAGGGAGUGAGUUUCCACGUGGACACCCCAGGAGUGAACCAAACAUAUUUAUAUAUAUUAGAUUGUAAUUGUAAUUUCUAUUUCUUUCCAAACUAAAACUUUUCAGUCCCACUAUCCGACACUGCAAAGAUACUCCACUAAUAUAUAAAUUACAAUUAUAUAGUAGCAAAACAGGGAUCCUAUAUAGUUUAGCCAUCAUUAGCUAACCGAAAGUGUACAGCAACCUUACAAAUAUGUGUACUCAAAGUGAAAUUAAAACCAAGCUUUUGUUAAUUAAAAUAUAAAGGAUAAUGUUGGCCACCGGAAGUGCUGAAUAAACUCAACAUAAACUUGCGUAUUAUCCGGUGUACAUGCUUAUGAAGUUAUGAACUCACCAACCGCUCAAAAAUCUAGAUCUACAAAGCUCUUAAAACUUGACUGAUUUUCUUUGAGCUUAAUUCCCAGAAAAGCUUGAUCAUUAAAUCUGAUACACGAUCUAUAUAUUUGAAAGACAAAGCUAAAUACCAGGAAAACUAAAACACAAGGCUGAAUGGAUUAUACUAAUACAAUUAUGAAGCAACACAAACGUACCGGUUAGAACUAAAGAGAAGCAAGAACAUAAAUACAUGAGAAUUAUUAUUAUUUUUUUUUUUUCAAAAAAAAAAAAAAAAAAAACAUAAAUACAUGAGAAAAAUUGUAUAUGCAAAUAAAAGAUUUUUAAGUAUUAUGGAAAGGAAAGUGACGGUGGACUAUCGUCUAUAUAAUCCGAGAAACGAUCCGAUAAUCGUCCAUGUAGAACACAUAUUUUGAUGGUCUAAUAAAGAACUUUUGAAAUCAAUGAAAUAUAUACAUUUUCUCUCGGUACCCUCUUCCACUAAGCAUGAUAUAAAUUAAUAUAUAUAUUCAGGUAAUAUCAUUCAUUUCUUAAGGGUAUAUGAGUAUAAGAUAUUCUUAACCCUUGCUUGAGAAGGUAUCAAACUGGAAAAUGUAAAAAGGGUUCUCUUCUUUUUUCCCCAAGCAGUAGGACCCUAAUUCAUUUUAACAUAGCCAUCAGAGUCCACAACGCCCAUCGAUUGCCUAACCUUAAAAUAUAAUAUUUUAUCCAGGAAAUUUUAAAAGAAGGAUAAUUUGUAAUAACUAAUGAUGACAAUUUUAUGUGCAAAUAAUUAAGCACUCAUUGCUCAACAAAAUGCCUAAAUAUUUACAAUAUCUAAGCCUAAUUCUUGGUCGGAUAAUGUGGUUUUUAUAUCUCCAGCUCAUUGACACUUCUUCUAGGCAUAAUACAGGUAGUGAAAAGCCACCAAAAAGUUUAAGUUACAUGUUCAACUUUGCGUGAGGGUUUACUCAUAAGAGUCAACAAAAUCAUACUAUUCACAAUUAACAUAUCCAUUCAGGUAAAAGUGUCAUCAUUAUUCAUCUGUUUAAAGAUUUUACUUGACUCUUGGAUAACAAAAAUUCUCAUGCACAUACAGUAUUUAUUCUUGUUUAAUCAAACCAAAAGAACGAAAAAUACCGUUUGGCCUAUUUUUAUAAAAGCAUACUUUUGGAUUCGAAUUCAGUUUUGUCAUGUUAUUGCAACUUUUACUUUCAAAAAUCUAUUCUAAAUUGUUAGAUAUAUUAUCACCAUCAAUUAUAUACUUCAUUGAUUAUUUUUUUUUCAGGAUAUGAACAAAUAUUUCAAGUUUUGUAGUAACAUAAGUUGCAACAAAAGUUUUGAAGUAAUAUAAAAUAGUGUCGACCGUCGAAGUAUCUAUACGAAACUUAGUAGCUGGAGACAUCCAAGUUGGAAACUUGGAAGCAAACAGUUCAUUGUUUUCUUUUUUUCACAAAAAAUAUUAAUUAUUUAAAUUUUAUCGAUAAUUUUUUUAACUCUUUCGACAAAGCAAUCAAAAUCAACUUUUCUGAUAAAAAUAUUAUCAAAAUAUGACCAAUGGAACCCUACCCGUAUUACACUUUUUGCAUAUGCGAACAACUUAGAGAGACUAAUACAAAUUACAAAACAGAGAGAAAGGAAGUUAGUUUAAUAUAUCCAUCCCUUCUUUAUUGUUAACCUGACAAAGAAAUUUAAUUAAAGUAAAGAUAUAGAAAAAGAAAGGAAACCAACUAUUAAAAUCCAAAAAGACAGACACGGUUCAAAUAAAACUGGUAUAAUGCAGCUGUUAUCAUUACACUAUUUAAAUAUUAUUUUGCUUUAAAUGUGAAUUUAUAUAUUAAGUAGUCGAGUCGCUUUUAUUGAUGGUAAGAUCAAAUUUUCAGUAUCUGUAUUUACCAGAUAUUUUCUCCAAUGGCCAAACAUGUUAGAUGUACAUGUACUAGGCAUUACAUCUUAUUAUAUAAAGAAGACUACUCCCUCCUUCUCCUGCUGCCACGUCAGAAAUUUGGUGAUCCUAAGGGUAACACGUGUCCCACUCCGUUGAAACGCACCGUCUCAUUUACGAAAGAGUUAAUUUGUUUGGAUUUUGUUUGGGCUUGACGUGUUUAAUUGCAAUCUUUUUAUCUGGGCUUAAGACUUUGUUUAGUGGGCUAAUGGAAAUCAAUCUCCAAGUCACUCUUCGCUUCAACAAUUGCGACAUUUGAUUUCUAGGGUUCAUACUGAUAUUCAAGGAUUAGGUGACACGUGUCCCUCUCCAUUAAUGGUUGUAGCAGCCGAAGAAAAUCAGUCCGAGUAACGUUGGACAAUUGUUUACGGCCAAACCCUGUUGGAAUCUGCAUGUGUCUAAUCGAAUCGUCUUCUCCUUACCGGCGGACGAACUACAAAAACGUUAUGGAAGUAGGCAACCUUCAAUCUUCGUCAUUAAUGCCCUCAUUAACAAUACCUCCCCACUACUCACACGACUUUUUACUCAAUACGUCCCUUUUUUUAUUCCCUUCAUUGAAUCUACAGCUAUAAAUGUAAGAGUUUAUUUUGGUGAAAAUCAUCAGUUCUUUACUCUCAAUCGUUACCAAACUUUCAGAAAUGAGAAUAUCAAACUUCUCUCCCAUGUUCUCCGAUCUGAGAGCCGGUCGUUCUAGCACCACCGUCGAGAUUUUGCCUGUUGGGAUUUUGGGAGUCGAGAUCUCUCCCUCUGUUAUGUCGUGUUUUGUUUUCUUCUCUAUAUAACAAUCUCACCGCUUGGAAGUUUUUAACUUUUGUGGUUGAGUUGAACAUUUGACUUGCUGAGACGAAGUAUGUGUGGUGAUUGGUGAACGAAGAUAUUAUUUUUAACAGGUUCCAUAUCAAAGAUUAUGUCAUAGGAUUUGAGGAUCUUGAAACUGUGUGCAAGUCGGAACCGCGUAAGUAUCAGUUCACAAUCCACUUGCAUGAGUUUAUUAAGUAACUACUUCUUCAAUGACUUUGACAGCGUGGUAGCAGUAUUAGGAUCUGGAUUUGGUUAAUCUAUGGUGAGCCAAGGCUUGCAAGGACAACCACUAAAUGCAGUCACCACUGCUGCUGGUUUUGCUAUCUUCCAAGCAAUAUUUUUCAAAGGGAGAUAUUAUUCUUUACUUUCUCACCGCUAUAUAUAUAUAUAAGGUUUCUUUCGUGUUGUAACUAAGACUGAUGUCUUGAUGCUUUUUGAAAUAUGAAUGAAGAGUGGUAAUAGAUGUGAGCAUCCCACCAGGGACAAGGUUUCUGAUGCUAGACCAUAUCCACAGGUUUGAAAUAAACUUCUAUGCUCUUGCAUUGAUGAAAGACUGAAUGUAUUAAAAAAAUACAAAGUGGAUUGAACCAUUCUCUGUUGUUUUGAGUGCAAGAUCCCGAAGUUAAACGGGCAAACGAGGAAAGGAUUUUUUUUUCUUUUCCUAAACACAGAAAUACUAAUCAGCUAUAGCUUUACAUCGGGUAUGAGAGUAUGGAAAAUGUAACUCUUAAGGACCAUCUGUAGGCGUCGGAUAACCCUAGGUUGAACAGGAGGCAGAGACUUGAGAUAUAUGUUGGUGUAUCUAGAGGGCUUUACUAUCCUCAUACAGAUUUUGCAAUAGCCAUCAACACACAGCAAUGUGAAGUCUGCUAACGUUCACUUGGAUGAGAAUUUCAUGUCAAAGUUGCAGACUUUCUAUUGCCUAAGACUGGUCCAGAUCUUGACCAGUCUUAUCCAAGUUGACACCUCUAUGCGGGAGACCAGUCAUUGGUCCAUCUCUUCCGAGAGAGAAACUGAAUUUCAUUUGAAUGGGCGACGAAGUUGGUGAAGAAAGGGAAAAAGGGAUCAAGGACAAUUUUCUUGAUGAGAAGUGAAGCUUGAAGAGGUUAAGAAGCAGAGGCGGACCCACGUUGGAUAAAGGGGUUGCACCUGCCACAGGUUAAAAUUAUAUAUUAGCAAGUCUAUACCACGUAUUGUGAGUUAUCAGAGAAGUGUUUGUUGCAAGCCCGUACCGGUUUUCAGACUCCAUCAUCUAAAACAACUGGAUCAGUGAAAAAAGUCGUUCAUGUGUUGUUAAUCUUUUUUUUUUUUCUUUCAACUCUGUGUUGUUAAUCUGAAUAGGGUUUUGAUCCUCAAUAGCAUAUUUUUCAUGUAAACUAAUGAUCCAAAUGGAUUUAUUUAGAUUAUAUUUGUACUUUUGAGAGCUAGAGAAACGAAUUUCACACAAGUAAUUUUGUGAAAUGAAUAUACAGAGUUCCUUAUGUCUUAAGAAAGUUGGGAUUAGAUUUUUGUAAGACGUGUACUAAAAGAUUCAACAAAUUACAGCUCAUUUACUUUUAUUUUUUCUAUAUAUUUAUUUGCAUAUAAGUUCUUUGGUGAUUUGUUACUUUUAAAAUUUUCACUACAUUGAAGUAACCCAGGUGUUUGAGGUGGGGAUUAGGCUAUGUAUAGCUCUACCAUGGUGCAAUUAAAGCAUGGAUUGGACUUGGAGGGAGAAUGAGAGAACAAGGUUGUAUAGUCACAAUGGUGUCCAUUAGUGAGAAUGGAAACGGAGAUAUAGCAGGGGUUCCAAUGACUAAAGUCUUCACGCAAAUGGUUGAGAGGGAAAAUGUGAUAAAAUAUCUAUUAGAAUGUCUAAUUAAAAUAAUUUUUUUGACAAAAUGUCUAAUUAAAAUAAUUCUAACAAUGAAGGUGAAGAAACCAAAAUUUUACAACAACCACAAACGGGAGAAAUAUUCUUCUGGACCACUUAUUCAAGAAGCGUUCAAAUUUUACUCCAUAAAUGAAGUAAUCUAUUUUUUGUUUGUUCAUCACUCUAUUAUGGAAUGAGAAAUGAAGUAGGAUUGGAGUAAUUUUACUUCAUUUUCAUUUUUACUCCAUUUUAGAGGAAAAAAUGGAGUUUUACAUUGGAGAUGCUCUAAUAAGAGUAAAUGUUAUUUUGAAAAUAAAAUAAAUAUUUAAACUCUCAAUCCAAAUUCCUAAACCUUAAACUCUAGACCUAAAACACUUAACCCCAAACCUUAACACAAUGAACUCUAAAGCACUAAAAAUUAAAUUUUAAACACUAAAUAAUCUUGACUUCGUUACCACAACAUUUAAAGACGCAUUGUUGAAACUGCAUGUCUAAAACCACAAUAUUGUACUAAUUUUACUUACACAUUAUCUACAUGGCGAUUAUUUAUGAAUACUACGUCUCUACUCACUUUUACUUUAUCACAAAAACUAUUGCAAAACAAAUGUUACUAUAAAAAUAAGUUUUUUUGAGGAUUUAUUUUCAUACUAAAUAAACUCAAACUAAUACAUUACAUUAUGUCUUCUUUUAAACUACACUUAAAAGCAUUCACAUUAAUUAAGGAAGAGUUUUGCAAGAGACUCGAAUUAUAUGUUCGUUUUCAAAUACAGUAAAAACUCUAUAAAUUAAAAAUGUUGGGAUUAUGAUAUUUUAUUAAUUUAAAAAAUUAUAAUUUACAAAAAAGUUUUAUAACAAAUCACCUCUCAGUUGUACUCCUAUAAGACGAACACGUUGGCAGACUCCUUAGGUUGUUAACGGUCACAAAACAACUACUUAUAACAAAUCAAAAACGAGAAAAAAACACUAAUCUGAGUUUUGGCGCUUUUUCUUGGACACUAAUUCUAUUUAUAUUUAUAUUUCCAUUAACAUUUACUAAUUGAUUUUAUUUUAUAAAAAAACUACAUAAACGUUUCUGAAAUUAAGAGAGAUGUCAUAAAUAUUUUGUCCAAAAAUAAAGAUUUUCAAUCUGAGUUUUUACUGACAAAAAAUAUAUUUACAAAUAUGUUUUAAUUAUUUUAAAACACUAAUCUCAAUCACAUAAAUUAACUUUAUUAUUUAUCAUAGUUCUCCAAAAAAAUCAAAUCAUUUAACGUAAAUUUACACACUUAGAAAACUAAUUUAGAAAAAAUCGUAUAAAAUGUUUCAUAUUAAAAAAAAAAGUAAAUAUCAAAAUGAAAAUAGAACAACUAUUUUAAUGAAAAAAAUCAUAGCAAAUAAGAAUAUAAUUUGCAAAUAGAUACAAACACUCUACUAUACAAUAAAUGAACACAUUAGCUUUUUAUGAUAUAAAGGAGAGUUAAAAAUUAUUGUAUCCACAUAAAUAUAGAUAAUUCUAUAAAAGUUAUAUACUUAGUUAUUCAAAUAUAUAGAUUUGAUUCGAUUUGUUAUUUGUUUCAAUUCAAACUAAAUUUUUUGGAUAUCUGUAAUUAUAUGAAACAAAGUAAAUACUAAUAUGUCAAAUAAUUACAUAAUAAAAAUGAAAUUUCUUUAUUAACUGGAUAAAUCUAUAAUUUUUAAUAAAAAAACAAACUCAAAUAAUAAAUAUAUUUUUAGAUAAAUUUCAAAAAUUAAAAAUAAACUAGAUAGUUUUUUCGUACUUCCCGCCCGUAGGGCGGGCCUAUCCUAGUAAACUAUAAAGAAAUGACUGUUAACGGUUCUAUUUGUUUCUAUUUUAAAAAUACUUUACAAUCAAUUUCAUAUGUUUCUAGUUUUGAAAUUUGAAGUUUCUAUAGAUCUCAUCCUUAAUAAUUCAUAUGUGGAUUCAAAAAGUUCGGGCUGUAGUUUCUAUAUUAUAGAUUUAUGUAUUCUACACAUGGGAAAUCCAUUCACAUUCUUUAUAGAUCUUUUUAUAUAAGAAAUUCUUACUAUCAUUUUUACUUUGGACAACGCAAUAUUCUGAUGAAAUAUAAAUUAUAUCGCGAAAUAGAAUUCUUAUGAGGAUUCGCUCCGUUAGUUAGUGAUCAGAGUUUGAUUGAUUCCACUCUAAUUUAAUGUUGGUUUGCACUAUGCGUGGAUAUGAUGUGGUAAGAAAACAUAUAAUGGAAUUAAUUUGGGUUUCCACAUGAAAAUUGUGAAGAUUUGAUAUUUUAAUUAAUAUACUAGUUGUUUAGAUAUCCUAAAAUUUAAUAACGCAUAACUUUAACAGUUUACAAUAAGUAUUGAAUAAAAAUGGUGUAUUCAUAUGCUCAUUUAAUUUUCAACUAAAGCUAAACACUGAAUAAAUAACAGCUACAAGAAAUUCAGGUCCCUAUUUUCUGAAAUAUCAAAAACAGUUUUAUUUUAUCAGUAAAAUCAGUGCUAUCAAAUUGUCAAUUCUUAUAACACGGUACAAAGAAUAUACGUGGAAUUUUAUUCUUAGUUAGAAAUUACAAUCAAUAUUAUGAUCUAUAUUGCAUGUACUUCUCUUUUUGUUUAUCACAAAACCAUGGUGGGAGACUCAAACAAGAAGAGUCUCUUUAAUAAAAUCAAGAAUGUUUUUAACGGUUAAGAUAAUAACUAUUGGACCCAUCAACUUCUUUUUUCCCUACCUUGGAAUAAAUACAUGAUAAAACUCCAAUAGCGGAAUAAAUAUAAUGUUUCCGUUAUAUAAAGACCAUCAUAAGUUUCAUCAUUAAUCCCACUUUAGUUUCUUUAAAUCACAUCCCUUCAUCCUGAAGCCAAACCCCUCUCUUUCUCUCUUUGUCUCUUUCUAUCUUUCUCUUACACAUAUCACAUAUGCAAACACAUGAGAUGGAUGUUUGUUCACCAGCCACGACCAAGAAGCUCUCAAGACUCGCGAAGCUAAUCCUCUACACCAUCCAGAAGGUCUCAGACGCCUCACGUCACAAACUCCAAACAACACUCGAUCCACAACUACUCGCGAAACGUGGCAAGACCCUACGCAAAUCUCUAAACGAAGCCGUUUCGACUUCCCACUCCCACAUCACAUGCCGUCCCUCCGACCACGACGAUGUCCGAUCCUCCUUCAUCUCACCUGUACCGCUGCAGCUAGACUACGAGUUCAGCUGCAGCAGCACCCCACCAAGACGUUCCUACGCCUCGACCACCACCGACGGACGACGCAGCGGGUCUCGCAAACCGCUUAUCAACAAACGCCAACGCCACGAGUAUAUCCGAUACAACACGCUGCCUAAGAUUCAUCGGGAACGACACGGUGCAGCGACCGUGUUUCCCGACGUAGCCAGCAGCGUGGGAACCAUGGACAGCUGCCACGUGGACAGAGCGGCGGAGGAGUUUAUACAGAGGUUCCAUAGAGAGCUGAGGUUGCAGAGGUGGAUGAUGGCUCAGGAGGUUUAAAACAUGUUUUAGCGUCACCUUUCGUUACACCAAAAUAUCAAAUCAUAUGGGGAAAAAAAUACUGUGAUAUGUAACUUUAGUAAUCUUAUUUUGACUUUUUAAUAUUUCCCUGUAUAGUUUUCAUUUUUUAUCUUUCAUUUGUUUUCUGUAAUCAAUGAAUCCAUGAUCGUGUUUAAUUCAGAUCUGCUUGGAAAAAAGUUGUAGGAAAAUCAAUCUUCGAAAAUAGCUCUUUUUGUGUAUAUUGGCGCAUACAUAUGAAUGUAUAUUUACAUAUCUUCAUGACAAA